CUUCAUAAUCUUAAUAUUUUUAAAUGAGAAACAUAGUUUUUCUGUAGAUCAAUGUAAUAUGAUAUUUACAACAACUUUGUUGACAUCAUGUGUGAAAUUACUAUUAAUUCCUGCAUAUCGAUCAACAGACUUUGAGGUUCACAGAAACUGGCUAGCAAUCACAUACAGUUUACCUAUAAAUAAAUGGUAUUUUGAAAAUACAUCAAAAUGGACAUUGGAUUACCCUCCUCUUUUUGCAUGGUUUGAAUAUAUUUUGUCACAUGCUGCACAAUUUUUUGAUGAAAAAAUGUUGAAUGUAAAUUACAUAAACUACAGCUCAGACCGAACUGUUCUAUUUCAAAGAUUAUCUGUUAUUUUGACUGAUUUAGUCUAUGCCUUUGUAGUGUACAAGUGCUGUUCAUCUUUGCAAAAGAGUUGGCGAAAGGAUGUUGUCUUACCGAUUUUAUUGAUAACAAAUUGUGGACUAAUAAUGGUAGAUCAUAUUCAUUUCCAGUAUAAUGGUAUUAUGUAUGGUAUUUUAUUGAUAUCAAUAGCUUACAUGUUACAGGGUAAACAUCUUGCAUCAGCCUUUUGGUUCACUGUAUUACUUAAUAUGAAACAUAUCUAUAUUUAUUUGGGGCCACCAUAUUUCAUUUACUUACUAAGACAUUAUUGUUUAAAAGGGCCUCUUAAUGUAAAGAAUGUAAUUUCAAGAGAAACUUUCAAAAAUGUUUUCUAUUUAGGAUUUCUAGUUAUAAGUGUCUUUGUAAUAACAUUUUUUCCCUUUAAGGAUCACAUUCCACAAGUGCUUUCAAGACUGUUUCCAUUUAAACGUGGAUUAUGUCAUGCGUAUUGGGCUCCAAACUUUUGGGCAGUUUAUAAUACAGUAGAUAAAAUCCUGUUUGCAGUUGGCAAAGUAUCAGGAGUACAAUUUGAAAAUUCAUCUACAGCAUCAAUGACGGGCGGCUUGGUGCAAGAGUUUUCUCAUUCGAUUCUGCCCAGUAUUCCGCCAUUAGUAACAAUUAUUUUAACUGCAUUAUUUAUGAUUCCCGCAAUGGUAAAAUUAUUUUUUCUUAACAAACAAGCAACAAAUUUUAUAAGAUGUAUGAUAGUAUGUGGUUUGACUUCAUUUCUGUUUGGCUGGCAUGUUCAUGAGAAAGCAAUAUUAAUGGCAAUAAUUCCUUUAAGUAUUUUGUCCAUUAUGGAAUCAACUGAUGCUAGGAUAUUUCUAAUUUUAUCAACAGUGGGGCAUUAUUCAUUGUUCCCAUUACUUUACCCAUCUUCUUUGCUCUGUGUGAAAGUUCUUCUACUAUUAUUGUAUUCAUUUUACGCUUUUCAUAGUUUUUAUAAAAUAUUUCCACUAUCAAUUUGCAGCUAUUCAUUGCCAUUACUGAAUCCGUUAGAAAGUGUGUAUAUAUUAGGAUUGGCGGCAGUGUUUUUAUAUGAAAAUGUGAUACAUAACUUGUUAAGUUUUAAAGAUCAGUUACCAUUUUUACCAUUAAUGUUUACAUCUGCUUAUUGCUCAAUUGGAAUUAUAUAUUCAUGGAUUAGUUAUUAUAUUUAUUUUUUGAAAUACAAUGGUGUCCAUGUACGUACAAAGAUAAAUAAGAGUAAUAAAAUUGAAUAA